GGACUGAUAUAUACUAGCCGGCAGUUUAGGGCUGAGUAAUUCUAACAGAGGUUUUCUAUAAGACGAAUGUUAGAAGUCAUCCUGAGGCAUGCUAGUCGGACCCGUCCUCUACCAGAGUUUCAACGCCAAGUAAACGCCCCACUGAACGGUGCCGGGGGAAGCAUUUUCAAGCGCCCGCAACCUUUCAGUUCUCAUGAUUGUGGCGCGGCUAGACUGGCCUUUCUAGUAUUCGGGUACUGCACCCACAAACCACAUCAGAGGAUCAGGCUGACGGUCUGCCCGCAAAGAGAUAUGUUCAGCCUAGACUUCCACUCUCGCCCCCAGCUCUUUCAGACCCUAUUUCAACUCGAGCAGGCUUGGUUCAAGUUAAACACCGAUGGGGCACGUAGGUAUGGCACAUAUCUACAAUGAUCAAGAAGAGGAGUUGGGAACUGGACGGAGUGGGCGUCGGGCGCGGCUUAGGGAAUGGGAUCCCUUGUACCCAUCCGAUACGCCAAAGCAAAAAUACCCGGAAGAUAGAGGAGAACGUCCAGUUGAGUACAAUUUCGGCAAUGGCGUCAAGUUCAGCGUUGGACCUUCAACGAGGAUUUCUGAUUUCAAUAUCCCGGUGUGUAAACUUUGUCGUCAUUUAAACCCUGACUUCAUCGAGGCCGACAAAUAUACCCUCCUUUGCGACCCCUGGGCCUCUCGGCUGUAUCAACAGGGUGAGAAGCUGCGCUCGUGCACGAUGAGGAUCUCUAAAGGGCAGGACUUUGCGCGGUCUGCGGCUAGACCAGGGGGCUGUGAUUAUUGCGGACUUCUCUGUCGUAUGCUUUCCAUUGAGCAUCCAGGCUGGGAAACAGACCAGUGCCUUAUCGAAAUCAAUCUGGCCUGGGACCUGCCAAUCUUUGUGAGGUUAGACUAUGGCCACACAGAUCGCAUCCCGAACCCCGGCUUGGACGAAUUUACCCCUGAUAUCGAAAACCACGUGGACGGUGUCUCCCGAAAGAAUGGUCUGACCGUUUCAACCCUGCGUCAUACCCAAGCCGAGAUCAUAGAGAUCUUCCGCCCCAUGUCACCUCUGCAUGAAGAGACAUGUCUCCUCGGCCUGCAUCAACUCGGUUACCAACCCCCUCGGUCUAAGCACAGCGAUGACGGCUCCAUAGCGAACUUCAUGCGCACAUGGGUCAAGAUCUGUCGAGAUGGUGACCAGGGGCAUGAAAAUUGUUUGAAGCGUUCCAAAACAUUCAUGCCUGACAAAGUCUUGUUUAUAGGCAACGAUCAGAACCCGACUAUGCACCUCUUCAAUGCCAAGUUCUGGGCAGACCGCGGAAUCGUGGAUGAGUACAUUGCACUCAGCUAUUGCUGGGGGCAGGAAUCCUUUUUGAAGUCCACCAAGGAGAACAUUGCCAGUUUUCAUAAGGAGAUCCGGUGGGAUAUGCUUCCGCCACUGUUUCAGGAUGUUGUGAGGAUAGCGAAAGGGUUGGAUGUUCCAUUUGUUUGGAUUGACUCCCUUUGCAUUGUGCAAGAUGACGAGCUUGAUUGGAAGAUCCAAGCCCCCAAGAUGGGAGACAUCUAUGCGAACGCGUUCUUGACAGUUGCGGCCGCAUCCUCCAGUUCGCCGGCAGACGGGAUUCUCGGCGAAAGACCCACAAGAUGGCACACGCGUACUACGACUAUAACUAACCCGCUAAACGGGGUCUCAACUGACCUGUGUGUGCGUCAGAGAGCCAUAGAUAUGUGGGGAACAGCCAGAGAGGCAAACCCGGACUACCUGGACUCAAGAGCAUGGAUCUGGCAGGAGAGAAUUCUGUCCACGCGGACCAUAGUAUUCACUAAGGCAGCCCUCAGGUUCGAAUGUCGUAGCACUUCCAUCUGGGAAGACCAGCUAUUUCAAGGCCAUUCGUGGUCCGCACGGAUGAACGAGCCAGUCCAUAUCCACUGGAAACGUCUAAUGGAAGACUUUACGGCACGAAAUAUGACGUGUGCAGGGGACCGGCUGCCUGCCAUUAGCUCUGUCAUGGCUAGAGUGAGUGCCGGGCAGGGCCUGACCCCGAUAGCGGGCAUGUGGAAAGAAAAUCUUGUGCAGAACCUACAUUGGAUGCGAAAUGAUCUGAAAGACCGCAAUCACGCCGGGCAGGGGCACCAGGAGGGCACCAUACCAAGCUGGAGUUGGGCAAGCAUUGGCUAUCCAGUCCAAUGGACCCUGGGGACAGCGGACCAACUGCCAUACGAUGACAAGAAAUGGACGCUUCAUUUGAUAGACGUCCUGGAUCCAGCCGCCACUGAUGGAGCCUCGCAGUCAGCUGGUCCCGUUCUGGAUCUCGUAGGGACAGCAAUGCCUGCUCUGCUGAGAAGCUACCCGCCGGUCCCCGAAGAAAACAAACCGGCAAGUUACCGAUUAGUGGUAGACGGCAAGAACGAAGAGUGGCAGGUCUUCCACGCUGACGGUGCGCUUGAGGCGAGGCACUUGUACAUAAGUACACCACCUACGCAUCGCACUGUUUACCGCAGAAGCCCCGGCAUGUCUCCCGAUCCUGGUGGUUGGCAGGCUACUUGUGCCCUCCUACAGCUGGUCGUAUAUGGGAUAACUGCGACGUCGCUGGUGCUUACCGAGUCCGGCACCCGGUCGGGACGGCAGGUGUGGCAGAGGGUUGGACUCUUGCAGCACUACCGCGUGGAGGCAUUUCAUAAUCGAGGCCAUAUGUUACGGCUUUUUUUAGAAUAAGAAAAUGGGAUCUGGGCCGCUGAUACGGGUGCGCCGCCAUGAUUCUCGAUAUAAUGCCUCUAUGUGGCUCAGGAAACUAUCACUCACCCCAUGUCCGAGGGUGUUUGGUAAAUCUGACAAAACGAUAUAGGAAAUCAUUAAUCACGUGAGAACGAUGUUUUCUCUUACUCAAAGUUCGUAAAGAUGUCC